GUGUUUUUGGUCCCUUCGAUUCUCUAUUGCAGCUUGCGCUCUCGCCUCCUUGCUUCUCUCCUAUCGUUUUAUCUAAAAUUCGUCUCGUGAGCGAAUUCAAUAUCGCAUCCUUCUUCUGCUAGGGUUUUCAUCCUGUCGCUGGUUCACUUCCAUGCCAUGGAAGAGUGCUCCAGCUAAAACUCAGGACAUGCUGUCAAUGUGGACAUGAUGGAACUUUUUGCUUAGAGCAGAAGAAUAGUCUUGUUAAAACUACCAAGAACACAUUACUUUUGGUUGCUUUUUGCUGAGACUGCAGAACCAUGAAUCAUCUUUGUAAUUAUUGUGGGGAGAAAAAAUCCAUAGUCUACUGUAGGUCUGAUGCUGCUUCUUUGUGUUUGUUCUGUGACCGGAAUGUCCAUUCUGCAAAUGCUCUUUCUCGGCGCCACUCACGCACACUUGUGUGUGGAAGAUGCAAUGCACAACCUGCUGUUAUCAGGUGCAUUGAGGAAAGUGUUUCACUUUGCCAAAAUUGUGAUUGGAAUGGGCAUGGUGGAUCAGUAGUGGCUUCAGGGCACAAACGACAGACAAUAAACUGUUACUCGGGCUGCCCUUCUUCUGCUGAACUUUCAAGAAUGUGGCCAUUUUUUCAGAACUUAUCUUCUAUGGUUCAGUCUGAUUGUGAGCAGGGACUAGGCUUGAUGAACAUCAAUGAGAAUAGCGUCAGUAAUUGUUGGGAACCUUCUGGAAGCAACAGUAACAUAGAAACUUCAUUUGCAGAGGAAGUAAAAGAUCUAGAUGCCGCCAAUAAGUUAAAUCCAUGGAUUGGAUCAUCGUCAGGGUCUGCCUUAUGUUCAUUGCCAUCUACUGCUGAUCAGAUAGCUGGUUCAUUAGAUUCAGAAAUUCCAAAGCUAGGUUGUUCAGGGACUAAAGAAUUUGAAUUCAGCAAAGAUCGUUUCUAUGAAGAUUUCAAUGUGGACGAUGUUGACUUGACGUUUGAAAAUUAUGAAGAUCUUUUUAGUGCAUCUCAUAGCCAAACAAAUCGUCUUUUUGAUGAUGAUGGUGGAAUAGAUAGUUUUUUUGAUAUUAGGGAGGCUUCUGCUGCUAAUUCUGGCUGCCAGGAUCGGGCAGGACAGGCACAUCUGAUAUCAUCUCCUGGAGAGAUAAAUAGCACACGGGCAACAUGCAAUGCAGUAUCUGCUGCUUCUUUGAUGUCAAAUCCAGGAAAGAAACUUGAUUCAAGUCUGUCUUUUCCUCCAUGCAAAGCUCACUCCAGCGUAUCCCUUUCCUUCUCUAGUUUGACUGGUGAUAUCAGCGGUGGGGAUUAUCAAGACUGUGUUGUAUCAUCAAUGCUUCUAAUGGGUGAACCUCAAUGUUUUGCACCUGGUUCUGAAAAUUCUUCAACGCCUACAGCUACCAGGGAUAGUGCCAUGAUGCGUUACAAGGAAAAAAAGAAAGCGCGGAAGUUUGAAAAAAAGAUUAGGUAUGCUUCUCGAAAGGCUAUGGCGGAUGUGAGAAGGCGUGUGAAAGGGCGAUUCGUGAAGGCUGGUGAAGCUUAUGACUAUGAUCCACUUUCACAGACAAGAAGCUGUUAAAUGCAAAAUCUAUCUCAUUUUAAGUAACAUCAGCUGGUAGAUAUAUUUGCCAAGUGGAGACAGAAAUAGCUCUGCUGUGCAAUUGAUAUAUUUAUUUGACCCAAUAUGAUGAAAUGAGAAAGAAGAAAGAAGGCAUUUGACUGGCAACCAAGGUUGCAAGUGUUAAUUCAAUCUUAUGCUCUGUAGUCCUGGAAAUAUCAGUUUUGAGCUCUCUAAUUCCUGCACCAACCUUCUGAUCUUGUUAUGACUGGUCUUAGUAUUUGAUUUGAUAGUGGAUUGAGUGCAUAUAUCCUAAAUUCUGAAAUUGCCGACAUACAAGGCUUACGAUUCCAAUAAUGAUCCAAUUAUAAGUUCUUGAACCUCAAUCAUAUAAUUCUUUCACUUCAGCUCCGCUCUUUUGUAUCUGUUCGGCACAUAGCUUCUUGACUCCUUGACAAUGAUUCACCAUGCUACAACAUGCAGCAACAUAGUGCAGCCAGGGUUAAUUUCAACUUCAAAAUUUCUCUCUAUAUUCUUUCCUGUAAAUUUGUACAUUAUACUGUGUUGUAUCUAAGAGUAUCUCUUUGUAUCAAUUCACUUGUAAAGGAGAAACAUAUGUAAGAAAUACUUGGAAAAUCUGGAACUAGAUUUCCAUUCCAUGUAGUGUAUAGACAUAAAAGAAUUUGCUCUUUAUAUAUAUGCUUGUUUUGUUGGA